AUGUACGAAGUUAAGUUGAAAGUGAAAUUUGAAAAUCGAGUGCUGGAAGUUUCCCAAGGGAUGACACCCUAUGAUAUCCUCUCUGAAUAUUGUAAGGAUAGAAAGGAUGUAAUCUCCUGCAAAAUCAAUGGGAUAUAUUCUGACAUGGUGGUGGAAAUACCAGGCGAUUGCGAACUAGAGUUCUUAACGUUUGAAGACAAUGGAGCUAGGGAAAUUUUUUGGCAUUCCUCAGCACAUAUACUGGGAAAUGCGUUGGUGAAUUUAUAUCCGGAUGCAAAGCUAGUCCAUGGGCCACCCACAGAGGAAGGUUUUUUUUAUGACGUUGACAUAAAAGACUCCAUUUCAUCUGAAGAUUACCAAAAGAUCGAGAUGGAAAUGCUCAAAAUAAUGAAGAAGAACUACAGAUUUGAAAAGGUAAUCAAGAGUAAAGAGGAACUUCUAAAUGCCUAUAAGGAUAACCCUUGCAAAACACAUUUCAUCAAGAAAGGAGUAGACAAGGAGAGUUCUGUAUAUCGGAAUGGAGAUUUCUUCGACAUGUGCUUGGGGCCUCAUGUUCUGUCUACCGGAGUUGUCAAGGCAGUUAAGGUUCUUAAGAAUAGCUCAGCUUAUUUCCUCAACGAUCCCAGCUUGAAGUCUUUGCAAAGGAUCUACGCCAUCACAUUCCCUUCGAAAGAGAUGCUACAAGAAUAUUUAAAGAGGAAAGAAGAAGCUAUGGAAAGAGAUCACAGAAAGAUAGGAACGGAACUUGACCUCUUUUUCUUUUCAAAGUAUUCCCCGGGAUCAUGUUUCUUUUUGCCAAAUGGUGCAAUUAUGUACAACACACUCAUCGAGUUUUUGAGGGAAGAAUAUAGAAAACGAGGAUUUAAAGAGGUUAUCACUCCAAACAUCUUUUGUACAAAGCUCUGGGAAGAAAGUGGACAUCUUCAGAACUAUAAAGAAAACAUGUUUCUUAUUGAGGGAGACAACUUUGCAUUGAAGCCUAUGAAUUGUCCUGGGCACUGUGUAAUGUUCAAGCAUCAGGAUCAUAGCUUCCGAGACCUUCCCCUGAGAUUGGCAGAUUUUGGGGUUUUGCACAGGAAUGAGCUUAGUGGGACUCUGACCGGACUAACAAGAGUGAGACGGUUCCAGCAAGACGAUGCACAUAUAUUCUGUACCAGGGACCAGGUUAAGGGUGAAAUCAAGGGAUGCCUUGAGUUUCUGAGUUUUGUGUAUGGGGUUUUUGGGUUCAAGUUUGAGUUGGUGCUGAGCACAAGGCCUGAAAAAUAUCUGGGAUCGAUUGAUGAAUGGAACAAUGCAGAAAAGGUUCUUGCAGAAGCAAUGGACGAAAGCGGCAUGUCUUUUAAGAUUAAUGAAGGAGAUGGAGCCUUUUAUGGACCUAAGAUUGACAUUACUCUCCACGAUGCCCUUGGUAGAAAAAUCCAAUGUGCAACAAUUCAACUGGACUUUCAACUUCCCCAGAGAUUCGAGCUGAAGUAUCGAGACAGUGAUGGGCAAUGUAAGACACCUGUGAUAAUACAUCGGGCGAUUCUGGGAAGUAUCGAAAGAAUGAUUGCUAUAAUCCUCGAAAGCUUUGGGAAAAAACUACCGUUUUGGAUAUCGCCAAGGCAGAUAGCAAUUAUAAACAUGGGAAAUCUAGACUAUGUUGAGAAGAUAAAAUCUGUACUUUCCAAAUUCCGUUUGGAUGUAAUUGAUGAUGGAAACACCAUGAACAAGAGAAUAAGGACAGCAGAGACAUGUGGAUACUCCCUUGUAUGUGUUGUUGGGGAAAAAGAGGCAAAAACAGAUGAAAUAAAUAUCAGAUUGAGCAAGUCAGGGAAGGGAGGAAAAUCCAAUGAGAAUAUUGGCCUUUAUGAACUUAGAGACAUCUUAGAUAGAAUGGUUGAUGAGAAGAUUGAGCUUGAGGAUAUAUUGCCUAUUGACAAGAUUGCAAUCAACAAUUAA